AGCUUCGAAAUAUCGAUGAACGAACGGGCGCGUCCCUAACCUGUCGUUGCGAGCUGUCGUCGACACAAGAUUCGAUGAAUGAAUAGAAAAAUGCGGCCACAAAAAUUCACACUUCCAAUUGACGCUGGCAGUUUUUCACACGCAAAUAAAAAGGUCGUUAUUGUGUCUGUAUUUGGUAAAUCCCAAUAUCGUAUGAAAGGAUGUAAAACGGAUAUGUUGAGUUCAAUCCUCCAAGUGGACCUUUUGAAUGAGCCGAAUGUAGAUGAAACAUCUAUGUGCGAAAUCGAAGGAUAUCAUAAUGUUAAAGACAAAACCGUGUAUCUACAUUUACGAGGAUUCUUGGAUUCUCAUACUCUUUUGACCGAAUACGAUAGAUUCGUAGAAAGACAAGAUUGCAAAGACUUUCUCAGUGUGUGGGCGCACAUGAGAUACAAAUAUGCUAGAGCUUUGCUGGUGUUAUUUCAUAUAUCUCACGUUAUAAUACUUACUCAUCCGACUCAUACGUUUGAUUACAGUUAUAUACAUCUAUUUCGUGCCAUGGAUAUAGUACGGCAAAAAAUUUCUCCUCAGCUUUCGGACGUAUUGAGUAGUAUAUCUGGUAUACCAAAAGAUUGGAUAUCGAAUGCCAGACCUUGUUCUCCGAGGGUAUUAUUCUAUUUUGAAAGUUGCCCCAUACCUAUGGUACUUCAGGAUGCAGAUAACGGAGGAAAUAUUAAAAAAUUGGAACAUUCCUUGGAAGAUCAGAUUUAUCAUGUAUUGAGAAAAAAUAGAAUAGUCACGAAUAUAAGUUCAAACUCACUAUUUGCAAUACCAGCGAAUCAAGAAUUUGUAUAUGUACAUAAUGGUCCUACUGAAUCUAGAGAUAUUUUGGGCUACAUGAUGAAAAAAUUAAUUCAAAGCUGUAAAGUUAGUUCCGGUGGUAAUACGUCAAGGAGUCUCGCUAGUUUAGAUACAAAUCUUGAAACGGAUGACACCGAGAUUGAAACACGUUCCUUUAAAUCGUUCCUGCAGCAACAUAUAAAUCUUGCUUUUGGCAGAGGCUUCGACGACAACGUUGGUAGACAUUCGGUACCGGCUUACUUCGAGAUACCUACGUUAUCGUUGUUCUGCAAUGUGGCAAACAAAAUUUUGGAAUACUUUAUAAAAGGAAUAGACAAAGAAUUACUAUCUUUACAUGGUUUAUUGGAUACCGAUGUUAAAUUCAGUAAAAGUAGAUGUAGUAAAGUACUCCCAAGAGCCUUACAAACUUAUCAAGAGAACCUUCCGCAACAUUACACAAGAGCAUAUCAUGAAUCGAAAUUGGCACAUGCUAUGGCAGUUUUUGAAAUGCAUGCACGAGGUCCGCUGUUUGAAGAAUUUAGUGAAAAAUUGCAAGCAGAAUGUGAUAAACAUUGGCGAACCGGACGACAAAUGUGUGAGGUAUUAUCAUUAACUGGGAACCCUUGCACAAAUCCAAUUCAUAAAGGAGGGAGCGAAGGUGCUGGAGGUGGCGAACAACUUGAACCAGGAGGAGAUAAUAGUGAAUUACCGAUCAUGGAGCACUGCAGCGGAGUUCGAUAUAUAUGUGCCUGUAAUUGUGGAAGAUGUCAAGGACCACGAGAGGAUCCUUUUGGCUUGCGACAGGCCAAUUACGAUUAUUUUCAGAUGUUAGCAAAGCAAUGUGGCUGUGCACAAUUGGAAAGUAUACAAUUUCCUAUUUUUCAGCCCAGUACGCAUAAUUUCAGAGCGGCACAAUUAUUUUCAGGAACAAAACGUAAAGAUUCCCUUAGUAGGACUAAUUUAUCGACACCUCAAGGUCAGACGCAACCUUGCAGUCUUGGGGUGGAAAAUACUUUAAAUGACGACAUAACGGCGUAUGAAAGUGGUGCACCCUCUCCAUUGAAAAGUGUUCCCACCGAAGAGGAUGUUCCGAGAUUGAGUAACAAAACUAGCCUUACUCCUAGCGACGGGCACAAAGUCGUUAUAGAAGUUUCCGAUGAUGCAGAAAAUACCAAAGAAAAGUCUUUGGUGAGACAACCAUCAACGACGGAAUAUCUACCAGGGAUGUUACAUACGGAGUCUCCAGCUGGAUUAUUACCGCAAUUUUCUAGCUGGUCUCUGGUUUGUCUUGGCCCAAGCAGUUUGUACUCACAUAAUUUGGGCUUGCAACAUCAGGCAGGUGUAUUGCCAACUUCUGCAUUUCUUUUGCCAUGGGAUGUGACAGUAAGAUUAGAGCAUCAAAAGGAAAGGGGAUCUUUGUGGCCUACUAUAAAUGAUCAUGGCGUUCACGGAUAUUGUCCAAGAGGUAAAAAUUUUCAAAAUCUUAAUACGAUCCGAGGUAGAAAAUCCAAAAGUGGGAAGGAAUUUGUUGUUAAGAUAUUUGUUGGUGUCGAAUACGAAUGUCCGAGAGGCCACAGAUUUAUGGCAUCUGCGCCUGACAAAGUUUUAAAGGCAACCGGUAAUGGGAUCGUAAAGGAUAGCGGAAAUAAAGUAACAUCCAGUACCACAGAUAUGCCUCUUUACUUUCCAUGUCCGUGCAGGCAGGCACAACCUUUGAUAGCUCAACUUAUGAGAAUUCAUGUGGUUACUCCGAAAGCACCGGUUCACGUUACAUUAAAUCCUCGAGUUCAACCGGGACCUCCACCGUGUCCCAUAUUUGUAACCGGUUGUGAAGAACCGAUCAAACUUUCGCAAAGUGCUUAUUGGGUUCUGAGAUUACCUUAUGUAUAUAUGGGUGAGAAGGGCCCAUAUUUACCACCAAAGGAACCAGUACCCCCUUCUCAUGGACGAUUACUAGCUGGCAUGUAUGGUAUCAGCGAAGUUGUGCCAGAAAAGAAAUAAGAUUUCUUAAUAAAUCAUUUCUCAGAUAUUCAACAAUAUUCAAGAAUAUUGAACAAUUCUUCUAAAGAGAUUAUCUUAUAAUAAAGGUAAUUCGAUGAUACUCAGGGAUCGUGUAAUGAUUUACAUGCGUUAAUAACGAGGCAUUUAAUGUUCCUGAGGAAACGAUAUAUAAGUAUCAUAUAAUAUUAGAUAUAUCAUAAUAUUAUGUAAUAUCAGUAUAUGUCGGUUAAUGUAACAUUACAAUAGACUAAGCGAUCGUUGCACAGUCUCGAAAUCGAAUUAAUAACAAGGCGAUAAAAAAUAAAGCUUAAUGAAGCGCAUGUAAUAUAUAAUGAUAAUAUAAGAUAAUGUAUUAGGAUA